CUGGCGUGGAGCGGCGCGGAAAGUCUGAGGAAUAACAGAUGAGGGGAAAAAAUCAUAUGUCUAGGUAAGAACCACAAAUGACCAAGAGAGGAAAACGUUAGCUGCAUGAAACCUUUAGAUGCAUGUUCCGCCCAGACGCGGAACUAUUGUAGUGGUCCCCUAAGGUUCCUGCCCGGAUUUCGACAAGCGCUUCCGUUGCUCAGCGGAAGCGCGGGUCGUAGAGGACAACUCUUGGAAGAACCCGCUAUCGGCUGUGUGGAAAGCUAGAAUCAUGUCGAGUUUGUCAGUGAGAGACCCGGCAAUGGAUCGAUCACUGCGUUCGGUGUUCGUGGGAAACAUUCCGUAUGAGGCAACUGAGGAGCAGUUAAAGGACAUUUUCUCGGAGGUUGGUUCCGUUGUCAGUUUCCGGCUCGUGUAUGAUAGAGAGACGGGAAAGCCCAAGGGCUAUGGCUUCUGCGAGUACCAAGACCAGGAGACCGCGCUUAGUGCCAUGCGAAACCUCAAUGGGCGUGAGUUUAGUGGGAGAGCACUGCGGGUGGACAAUGCAGCCAGUGAAAAGAAUAAGGAGGAGUUAAAGAGCCUAGGGCCUGCAGCGCCCAUCAUUGACUCUCCUUAUGGGGAUCCCAUUGAUCCAGAAGACGCCCCUGAAUCGAUUACCAGAGCAGUAGCCAGCCUUCCUCCAGAGCAGAUGUUUGAGCUGAUGAAGCAGAUGAAACUCUGUGUGCAAAACAGUCACCAGGAAGCUCGAAACAUGUUGCUUCAAAAUCCGCAAUUGGCUUAUGCACUGUUGCAGGCACAAGUGGUCAUGAGAAUCAUGGAUCCUGAGAUCGCCCUGAAAAUUCUGCAUCGCAAGAUACAUGUCACUCCACUGAUCCCAGGCAAAUCUCAGUCUGUCUCUGGCCCUGGCGCUGGCCCUGUUACUGUCUCUGGCCCUGGCCCUGGCCCUGGCCCUGUUUCUGUCUCUGGGCCAGGCCCUGUUUCUGGCCCUGGCCCUGUUUCUGGUCCAGGCCCUGGGCUUUGCCCAGGACCCAAUGUUCUGUUGAACCAACAGAAUCCUCCAGCUCCUCAGCCUCAGCAUUUGGCAAGAAGACCUGUGAAAGACAUUCCUCCUUUGAUGCAGACUCCUAUCCAGAGUGGAAUUCCAGCCCCGGGGCCAAUAGCAGCUACCGUUCCUGGACCUGGACCUGGACCUGGUUCCUUAACUCCUGCAGGGGCAAUGCAGCCACAAGUUGGAAUGCCAGGAGUGGGCCCUGUUCCUUUAGAGCGGGGACAAGUACAAAUGGCAGAUCCUAGAGCUCCUAUACCUCGUGGCCCCAUGACUGCUGCUGGCCUACCUCCUCGAGGACUAUUAGGAGAUGCUCCAAAUGACCCACGUGGAGGAACUUUGCUUUCAGUUACUGGAGAAGUAGAACCGAGAGGUUAUCUGGGUCCACCCCAUCAGGGUCCUCCCAUACACCAUGCAUCUGGUCAUGAUAAUCGUGGCCCUUCUGCACAUGAUAUGAGAGGAGGACCAAUAGCAGAUGCCAGACUGCUAAUGGGAGAGCCCAGAGGACCCAUGAUAGAUCAAAGGGGUCUACCUAUGGAUGGUAGAGGAGGCAGAGAAUCUCGAGGGAUGGACACUCGAGUGAUGGAAACUGAGGUUUUAGAAACUCGAGUAAUGGAGCGCAGAGGAAUGGAGACCUGUGCUAUGGAAACCAGAGGGAUGGAAGCAAGAGGCAUGGAUGCAAGAGGACUGGAAAUGCGGGGCCCUGGACCUAGUUCUAGAGGCCCUAUGACUGGUGGAAUCCAGGGACCUGGUCCCAUUAAUAUAGGGGCAGGUGGCCCUCAGGGACCUAGACAGGUCCCAAGCAUAUCAGGAGUGGGGAAUCCUGGAGGUGGCAUGCAGGGGGCAGGCAUACAGGGAGCAGGCAUGCAGGGAGGAGGAAUGCAGGGAGCAAGCAUACAAGGGGUGGGCAUGCAGGGGGCAAGCAAGCAAGGUGGAGGCCAGCCUAGCAGUUUUAGUCCUGGGCAGAGUCAGGUAACUCCACAGGAUCAAGAAAAAGCAGCUUUGAUCAUGCAGGUUCUCCAACUGACUGCAGAUCAGAUUGCCAUGCUGCCUCCAGAGCAAAGGCAGAGUAUCCUGAUUUUAAAAGAACAAAUCCAGAAAUCCACUGGAGCUUCUUGAAAGGUUUUGGAAAGUAUUUGGCUAUAGUCUCAUAAAGUUAAUUUUGUAGAAUGUGAGUGCAGAAAGUUGACUUCUGUUUCCCAGGCUUUAUUGAUUAGUUUCCCUCUUAGAUACCUUAUCUCAUUUAUUUUUUUUUCUGUUUUUAUCUUUAAUUUAGAGUAAGAGGGAGGAGUUGGUUUGUUCAUUUUAAGUCACUGUAAAUGUGCAAAAAUAACUGAAAAUGAUUACUUUAUGUCAAAUAAGAUAAAGUAUGCAGCAAUAUUGAAAUGUCUAAUACGUUAAUUACAUUUUAAAAAAUUGAGUAAAACUGAAAACCACAAAGACUAAAAAGUGACUUGUUAAAAUGUUAAUGUACUAAGUUUUAAGAAUAUUUGGUUGUAUAACAAGGAAAUUUACUUAAAAGUUACAUAUUUUUGGUAAACUAUUCAAAAUACAAAAAUCCUAUUUUAGAGGCAGUAGACUGCUGUAUUAAACGUUGUUCUUUUGGAAUCACUUUGAAAUGUUAGACCUGGCAGGAUGAGGAAAUUGGUGUUACUAAAGUUGUUUUUUUAAGAGCUAAUGUUACCUUUAAAAAUCAGGGAGUGUUUGGUUUGAUGUUGCUUCAUUUAUCUCACUUUUUAUGGACUAGCAAUAAGUCUGGCCUGGUCCUUACUAUGAUUUUAUUGGAAUAGUUGUGAGAUAAUCCAAGUUUACUUAAGUUUCCUCUAAAGAGAUCUAAUAAUCUCUCAGUACCUUUCUGUUCUUAGAACUCUUUAAGCCCUAAAUUUAAUUCUGAGAAUUCUCUCAAAUCCUUGGCAAAAAUCAGUGUCAAGGAACCUUUUGAUCUGAAUGAGUUACACAUGGCAUUGGGCUUUUCAUAAGUAAUAGGAAGACUCAUUCAGUUAAGUUCCAACUUCCUGAUAAUUAGCAUCCAUAUAUAUGGUGUCCAUUGGUCAACUAGUCUUAGGAGUUUAAAAUUAAUCUUGAUAUUUACCAUGCCUUUUAAAUUUUUAUAAUCUGCUUUUUUGCCAUUUUAGUAGAAUACUUGAGGCCCAGAUAGGUAGAUACUUAUAAAUUCAGUACUCUGUUACUUGGCUUAUUAAUCAUUUCACGCUUUACAAAUAUUAAGCCAUUUAGCAGUAUACAUUCAUGAGAUACAUUUACAGUAUUAGAGAAUAUGACAUUAGGGAUUGUGAUAUCAUUAACACAUUUUUUUUUUUUUUUUUUUAGAGCUGCUACCUAAUUUAUUUUUAAGCCUUGAGGAUAUGGGCACAAACAUUUGUAAUUAGAGUCCAGUAGCAAGUAAUAGACGUGUAAACUUCCAAAAACCCAAGGUGAUCUUCCUCUGGAGGAGAAAAAUCUACUAGAUUACAGGAAAAAAUAUUUAAUACAAGGAGAGAAUUUAGUCUUACAAAAGGGGUUAUUUCCCCUUUAUAAGGUUUUACAUUUUAAAAAGAUCAUUUUUUUCCCCUGUAUUUCUUUUCAUCCCUGUGCUGUUUCCUACUAAUUUUACUCUUUUGUAGUGGUUUAUACUGUUAAAUUUCCUAUGUUUUCUGUAUUUUAUCUAUACUAGGAAGGAUAAUUCUUGUAUGAUAAUUCUGUCAAGUAUGUACUGAUUCACAGACCUGGCUAGCUUACUUUGAAAUUGAUGUUUCUUUAUCCCAAAGCUUUCACUGAAAGGCUUUGUGAAACUAUUAAAUGUUAUAGUCUUUGUUCCAGUAAAAACCUGUGUCUUGUUUAAUGAAGACUAAAUAAAAAGGUUGUACAUGUAA